CGAGAAUUGAAAGACGCUUCCAGAGAGAGAGAGAGAUCGUCUCCCUUAAACCCUACAGAGUUGUAUACAGAUACGGACCUCAUGGCUUUCUUAAGUAGAGUUGGAAGGAUAUUUAGGCAGACCAGCACCCAUGUCACUGCCUCUAACUCAAUGCUACAGAGCGUCCGUUGCAUGUCUUCGUCUAAAAUCUUUGUUGGAGGUAUCUCCUACAGCACUGAUGAGUUUGGGUUAAGAGAAGCUUUUAGCAAAUAUGGAGAAGUUGUUGAUGCGAAAAUCAUUGUGGACCGUGAAACGGGUAGAUCAAGGGGAUUUGCUUUCGUCACAUUUACCUCUACCGAGGAGGCUAGUAAUGCCAUGCAACUGGAUGGACAGGACCUUCAUGGUCGAAGAAUUAGGGUGAACUACGCAACUGAAAGAGGAAGUGGAUUUGGAGGAAGGGGAUUCGGUGGUCCUGGUGGUGGCGGUGGUUACGGUGCUCCAGCUGGUGGUUAUGGAGGUGGUGGUGGUUACGGAGGAGGUGCUGGUGGCUACGAUACUCCCGCUGGUGGUUAUGGAGGCGGUGGUUACAAUGCUCCAGCUGGUGGUUAUGGAGGCGGUGGUUACAAUGCUCCAGCUGGAGGUUAUGGAGGCGGUGGUUACAAUGCUCCAGCUGGUGGUUACGGAGGUGCCCCAUCUUAUGGUGGCAACGCCGCUGAUGGUGGUGGAUAUGGUGUUGCUGGGGGUGUUGGUGGAAGUGACAACUUUGCUCAAGGCAGUUCCUCCAAUGCUGGCUUUGAUGACAAGUUUAGCAGUAACGAACCAUUAGGCAAUGAUACGGAUCAUCAGCUUGAAAGCGCUGGCGAUGAGCAGUUUGGUGGCAGUGACAAUCAGUUUGGUGACUCAGAGAGCGGUCAAACAGAGGCUGGUCCGGACGGGGUUGAUCAGACUGAUGAUGGCGAUGUUGCCAAGAGAGCUUAGUCUCUACAAUGCUACGUCCUGGAAACUUUUCUUUGCAGUUUCAGAAUAAACCUAUGGACGUUUGUUAGUCUCUUUUUAACGUUUGGUGUUGUUUAUCAUGCAGAGACCUCUCUAUUGUUGGUCGUUUUUCUUAUGUUUUGUGACAUUCUGAGGCCCGCAAAUAAAAACUGUAAUAACUUCUAACAGACUCGUAUCCGUUCUAUUUA